UGCCAACUGACUUCACUUUUGGACGAGGAUGAGCAAGAUAAAUUUCGAUCCGCUGGUCUUCGCUUGGCCCUCGACGUACUUUGCUCUCAACCAAUGUACACUUUCCACGUCUCAGAGCUGUACGACCAAUUUGUCAAACAGGUACACCUUUGCGAUGGCUGGCAAGUUCUGAAGAUCCUGGAAACGCAUAACGAAACGUUGAAGAUGUUGAAUGUUUCUAGUAGGUAUGUGAAAGAACUUUCCUUCUUUUCUGGAGUAUAG